AUAGUAAGCAUCCACAUCGCGGCUGCGCGGUUGAGGGGCAGCCUAUAUAAGCUCGAGUUGGACAUUGUCACUUGCCAGCCUUCUGACGGCGCUCAAGAGAGUAGAAGCAGACUUGCCCUUGUCCUAAUCCCUUCUCUUACUUCUACAACCAAAGAUUCCCCUUCGCCAACAUGUCCCGAACCUGUAUGCUGAUUUUCGCCGUCUUGGCCUACUCCCUUUUCAUCUCUGUGCAUAACACGGAGGCGGCGCCGUCCUGCGGGGCAACUAGAACCCAGGUCGACGCGUCCACCUGCAAGCACGGCACCGUGGAGGACUGGUGCCGCAACGUCGUCUGCGCCAAGGGCCCCGGCGAGGAGUGCGGCGGCGAGUGGGGCGAACUCGGCAAGUGCGGCGGCGGCAUGUACUGCUCGUGCGGCUUCUGCUCGGGCUGCAACACCAACCUGGAGUGCUGGUUCGGCCACUUCUGCUAGGGCUUCCGCCUCUGCCACAGCCCGGCCGCUUCUCCCUUCCCCGCUUCCUCCUUGGGCUCCCCUCGCUGCCCGGGGCCAAGGGCCGCCUCACCGUCGAGCUGAACGUGAGCGGCCCGCUCACGCCUCGGGUCCCACUCGGGCCCUUUCCUUGGAUAUGAAACGAAGAUACUACAUUUAUGGUUACAUCGGGUUCGAGUCAAGGUCUGCAAGAGAAAAUGAUGCCCCUUGAGAUGCAAACGUCUUCGCAGGAGGUUGCUGAAGCUCUCUGGCUCUUCCGUCGGUGGUCGCGAAGGAGUGUCUGUGCCAGGCUCCGUCGCGGGGGUUUCACCUUCACUUUACCUGAGCAACGUUGACAACUGCAGUCGAAUGGUAAACGUUUCACAUCUACUGGACGAAAGUGUAUUUUGCUAUUUUUAUAUACCCAAUUAUAUACACAAAAAACGAUGGAAGCUGAGCGUUGUUAUAUGUUGCACAUUUAAUCUUGUGAUAAAUGAGUACAAAUAAUAUUAGACGUCUUAAGUGGCCAGUUAAGGCCACCCCCUCUCCCUGACCUAUGUAAUAUGCCCCCCACCCCCCCUGGCCCCAUCACACCGCCCGCACAAGUGCCAUGGGUUCGACCGCCGCGACGCCGCCGACCCUGACUGCCCCAUCCUGUUCAUCCCAGCAGCUGCUCGUUAUCAAUACUCAUCCUCUCCAGCUAAAGGGCAUUCUCUGGCUGUGCUUCGUCUCUCUCUCUCUCUCUCUCUCUCUCUCUCUCUCUCUCUCUCUCUCUCUCUCUCUCUCUCUCUCUCUCUACACACACACACACAUAUAUAUAUAUAUAUGUGUGUGUGUGUGUGUGUGUGUGUGUGUGUGUGUGUGUGUGUGUGUGCAUAUAUUUUCUUUCUUUCUUUCUUUCAGCACAGAUUACUACUCUCCCCAUCGCCCAUUAAAAGAAAUAUUGGCUCCAACAGUCUCGAAACUUGUCCUAUAACAAUAAUUAAAGAAAAAAAAUCCCGCAGUGCAGUAAAGACCAUGUAAGUGAAGGGAAAUCUAACCCUCUUGCAUCGUCCUGUUAUUCUGCACCGGCCCUUUGUCCCCCAAAGGCUUAUACAAGUGUAUUUCAUUUUAUUCACAAUAAAGAUCAUAAACACCAA